AUGUGUUCCAGUGGACCUUAUCACAAAGCCAGUAGGGGCGAUCUGCCCUUCGAAAACAGACUGCACGACGCUCCCUUGGACACCACAGUGAUAAACAGUAAGAAUGAAGGGCAGACGCAGGAAAAAGUCACUUCGUACUUGGGAUCGUCGCCGCCCGCCUGCUACUUGCCGUCGUUUGCCAGCGGCUUGGCCUUCGAGUACACCGAUUCCAACGAUAGCAUUCAAAACUCCUGCACCGCCGUUUGUCGGAGAUCGUCCAUGGUAGACGAUCUCCUGCUCUCCAUAUAUAGACACAACCGCCGUAGCGACAGCAUCGAAGAGUCGGACACACUGACCGAGCACUCCACCACUUCCGAGACGCCGCACGCCGCGUUCCAACUCCAGACGAAGACGGUGCGGCGCUGCUCCUCCGGCGGGGUCGUGCACCGGCGCUCCAGACUCGUCAACAAAGAUGUGGCUGAGCUGCGGUUGCUGGUUGUCUCUUUGCAAGCAUCUCUGUCCAGCCAGUGCGCCAUGCUCAUUCGGGAGCUGAAACGGCGCGACAAGCUCCAUUACCGUCGCGAUCAACAGAACGACGUUAUCACGGCAAUACUCCAUGCGCUGUCACAGAAACGGAGUGAGUAUUUCUUUCCCUAUAAUGUCGAGCUCAUGGUCGAUGAAUUCACGAUCACAAAUCCCAUAAGCCCUCAGGAACACUGA